GGUCGGGGGUCGGCGACAGGAUGGCCACGCGAUGCCGUACGUUUGCUCGGGAGGCCGUUCGCCGCUUGGGAGCCUGGGCGAAGCCCGAUCCGUCCAAGCCUCGGGUCCCCUUCAGCACGAGGAUGGAGUGGUUCAACAAGGAAUGGGAUAGGCACCUUACUGAGGGGGAAAAGUCAGUCCACAAUUUCAAGCGGACCAUGAAGAUUGCGGGGCCUACUUUCACUGCAGCAGCAGCACUUCACAUCUUUUACAAAGAGAUGAUGAGAGUUCAAGGACCUGAUGGUGCUCCCGCAGAUCCCGACACAAGCUACGAGCGUGCCAGGCGUGCCGUAUUCCUCUUUCUGCACAAGGUUGACCCGGGGAGUUUCCCUUCACCUGGGGACCCCGCAUUGAGGCUGGCGCAACUCUGGAGAACUUACUACGAGGAGCUCUUCGGAAAGCCAGCAGAAGAUGAAGCCGAGAACAAGGAGGAGUCUUUGGAGACUGCGAGGAUUACAGCAGAAGCUCAGGCUUUGAUCUCCCAGACGCUUGGCAAGCUACAGGCAGAGGAAGCAUGCAAGACUGAAGCCGAUGCUGUCCUGUUUCUGGUUACAAAGCACAGAGAGGCAUGGAUCCGAGAAGGGGCCCUAGAAUCACUGCUUGAUCACCAGAUGCACAGGGUCGCUGCUGCACUGCCCGGAGCUUCUUGCGAUCUUUCCUUGCUGACAGAGCAGCGCGCCUCACGUGUUCGAGCGGCAGCCUUGUCAUCAUUGAGGAGGCAGUUGCAGCAGAGGAUGACUGCCAGGGCUACUGAAGGACCACCAGACCACUCGUCCGACAUACUUACCUUGAUCACUGCUCGCAAAAUGGUUGGCGAGGCACAGAGCAUGGUUGAUGCAGUCCGUGCCAGGUGGGCAUCUGAAGCAACAAGGGAAUCCAAGCCUGGGGAUGGUAUCGAAGGGAUCCAAGCCCGGUCCACGGAAGUACCACAGCAUGUGGCUGAUAUACUCCAGGGUGCUGCUGAAGCCCAUGCCAAGAGGGCAUCUGAAGCAGCAAGGAGAUCCAAGCAUGGGGAUGGUACCGCAGGGAGUGCUUAGUUUUUCACUGUGGCUGGAGAUAGAUAGGAAUUUUGACUGGGAGGGCUCUUGUCGAUAUGGUGGGCCUUGGUGGAUACAUAGAGUUUUGAGAGUUCUUGUAUCUUCUUGUUCCUUGGGCUGAGGGUGGCUACAGGUUCCGAUAAGAGGUGUGUGUAUACCUAGAAUGUGGGUAGUGGUCGUAACUGGUUGUUUUGAGAGUGUAGGAGGCUCACCUGAUUUGCUUUCGGAUGUUUUUGAUUGGAAGCCAUGACUGGUGGGAUGUUCUGUUGCAAAGUAACAUCAAAACGAUACACGGCAAUACUGCAUUUUGUUGAGGCAGUGGCACAUUUGGAAUGGAUACGUGGUACUGGUUUAUUUGUUGGUAUACGCAUGAGAAAGUACCUUUUUAUGUGCACCUGUGCUUGAUAUU